AUGAUAAAAAGCCAAUAUUCAAGUAUCUUUCAUUCAGGCAAAGACUUAUUUGAUGCUAAUUUUCUUAGAAUCAAUGAAUCCAAUAAGGUAUUUAAUCUUUUUAUGGGUGAAUUAAAAGAAUUAAUUGUAAAAACUAAACCCACAGCCACUCAUUCUUUUAUAAAAAAAUUGGUAGAUAUGAAAAAAUUAAAAAGAGUAUAUAUACAAAAUAUAGAUAAUCUUGAAGAAUUAGUGGGAUUACAUAUAGAUUUACAAUUUGAAAAAGUUAAAAAUAAUAAAGCUCAAGUAGUUCAAUUACAUGCAACUCUUGAAAAGUUACAAUGUAAAGUUUGCACAAAUAUUUAUGAGUUUAUGCUGCAAUAUUGUAAAAUUUUCAAGCAAAAUAAAGUACCAAAAUGCACCAGAUAUGAAGAAAAAGAAAAUGUUCAGAUCGAGCAAGGAAAUUGUCCUCAUACAAUUGGACAGCUAAACCCAACAAUAAUCCUGUACAGUGAUUCACAUCUUAAAAGAUUGGAAAUUAAUCAAAUCGCAGCACAAGAUCAGCAUAAAGCUGAUUGUUUAAUUAUAAUUAGACCUUUUUUAAGAAUUCCUGGA